CUCUAUCAUUUUUUUUAUAAAAAAUAUGUUCCAUUGAAAAUCUCAUAACAGAUUAACCAGAUCGGAAGGACUGGGUAGCAGGUGAAUAUGGCGACGGCGUCGUUUAACAAGAUCGAGAGGGCCCACCAGAUGUAUCGAGAAGGGAUGUACGAGGAAGCCCUGAUUUACUACACGGCGGCGUUGGCGGCUGCUAGGACGAAACCUCAAAAGAUCGCGUUGCACAGCAAUAGAGCUGCUUGUUUCUUGAAAUUACAUCAGUUCAGAAAGGCAACAGAAGAAUGUACCUCUGUUCUUGAGCUUGACCACAAGCACACUGGAGCUUUGAUGUUGCGAGCGCAAACUCUAGUCACUUUAAAGGAGUACAAUUCAGCACUCUUUGAUGUCAACCGGCUCAUAGAGUUGAAUCCAUCUUCAGAAGUUUAUCAUAACCUUAAAGCUUGCUUGAGGACGCAAGUGACACUUACUCCAAUACCCGAGUCUGAAGCCGAGUUUGAAGAGGAGGAAGAAGAGCAUGAACAAUCCUGUACUGCACAGAAAGGAGAGGAACAAUAUGAUAGCAAGGAAGACAUUGUACUACCGGCUGUUCGGGAAGAUCCGAAUGUCAAAGAAUCUUCUGAGCAGGAAAUAGACUGUAAGUGCGUGCCUGAAAUAAAUACUAGAGUAGCUGCACCUCAAGAACCAAAUUCCAAAGGAUACCCAGGAAUACCUAAAUCCGACGCACACAUAGAACAGAAGAAAGUGCCUCAAAGAAUUGGUGUAUCUGUUCCUAUCGGACAGGGCACCAAAGAUUCCAAGGGUUGGCAAGCAAUCUCUAAGCCAAAGGGACACUCUGCUCUGGACUAUGCACGGUGGGUCAAAGUUCAAGAUGACUCUAGCGAUGAUGAUGAGGACGACUCUCAGCCUCGGUACCGGUUCCGGGUAAGAACUGUUGGCAUGCGACCAGUGAAGUGA